GACGUCGUAUAAAGCUGGCAAGACACGAACCUCUCAGUUUCAGGGAUUUGUCGUCAAAAGGUCUUCGUUUGUCAGCUUUGGAAACAGAGUCUCUAUGAAUCGGAAGCAACAUACUUGAAGAAAAUCUAUGAUGGGUUACAUCUCUCUGCAAUCUUGGAGCAGAGGAGCUUCAACUUCUCUUCAUCUACUUCCUCCAGUUGGUCCGUACCCUAAGCUAUAUGAUGCUGGAGCAGUCAAGUUUGAUGUGAGAGCCUCUUCGAGUCGUAAAUCGCUUAAGAAACAAAGAAGAGAGUCUCAACAAGGUAAAGACAUAACCACACGAAGUAUUACAGAAGUAGAUCAAGAAGAAGAAGUAAUUGCUCAAGUUGAUGCUGACACUUCAACUUCAAAGGCCUCUAUCAAUGUUGUUGCUGCUCCUCGAGACAAAGUGCUUCAAGCUUGUACUGUAACUUCCGGUUUAAUGGCUGCACUGGGCCUUGUCAUCAGGAAGGCUUCUCAUGUUGCUUCGACUGAAGGGUUACCAAUCCCUGACUGCUCUGCAGAUAUACCAUUUGGGUUCGAAACUUGGCAUCUCGGGUUAAUUGCUGGAACGGUUGUGUUGAUAUCAUCAAGCAGGUUCUUGCUACUAAAGUCUUGGCCAGAUUUUGCUGAUUCAAGUGAAGCUGCAAACCAACAGAUCCUCACUUCGCUUGAACCAUUAGACUACCUUGUUGUUGCUUCUUUACCUGGAAUCAGCGAGGAGAUGCUGUUUAGAGGUGGGUUGAUGCCUUUGUUUGGAACCGGUUGGGUCAGCAUUGUUGGAGUUGGACUCAUCUUCGGUUUACUUCAUCUUGGAAGCGGAAGAAAGUACUCCUUUGCGGCUUGGGCGUCGGUUGUGGGUAUAGUCUACGGUUACGCAGCGGUUCUGUCGUCGAGUCUUGUCGUUCCGAUGGCUUCUCAUGCACUCAACAAUUUGGUCGGAGGUUUGCUGUGGCGUUAUAGUAGUAGUUCCAAUUUCAAGUCAUUAGAGUGAGAGCUUAAAAAAAAAGCUUACACUUUUAUGGGUAGUUUUGUGAAAUAUUUAUAGUAUAGGGUGCUUUACUGCAAUUUUAGUGCACCAAUGUGUCACAUCAGAAGAAGACAAUACGAGGAAAAUAUUUUUAUAAAUUAA